UAACACGAAUAAAUCACCGCCACACUCGCCAACAAAGCGAUUGAAACACCUUGUUCUACACUCGCUGAAAUCUCACUAGAAUUCUCCAAUAUAAUUCACACGCAUAAACCCUAGGAUGCAUCUCUGAAAAAUUCAUCAAUCGGAACCGUAACUCGAGUAAAAUUUCACUGUACAUACACUGAUUCGAUUUUUUUCAUCGCGUAUUUGGUUGAAUUUCAUACAGUGAUCGAUUCGGCGUCAUGAUGGAAUUAGGUUUUUAUGUUUACUCAAUUUUGAUUUACGGAUGAUCGAUAAUGCCUCAAUUGCGUAGCGGAGUACGCAUAGGGAGACCAUCGAAACGACCGAUUGCUGCUGAUAAUACCAAACCGAAGCCAGUCGAAGAGGAAGAGAAGAAAACGAUCAAGAAAGGGAGAAAAGCUAAUAGGAAAACAGGACAAAUUAAUCCAGUCGUACAGAAGAACGGACGGGGAAGGAAGAAAGCGGCGCAGGAACCGGCGGUGGUGAGCGAUGAAGACGCCGAUGAGAAGAUUGCAGUAAGAACGACGCCACAGGAAGAAGAGAAAGGUAAAAACGAAGAAUUAGCAGCGGCGGAGAUAAAGAAGGAAAAAGAAGAAGAGGAGGAAGUUGGGGAAAAGGAGAUGGAUGACUACGAUAGUGCAGGCCUGAGCGCCGAUAAGAAUUUGGGUGCUGAAGAAGAAGGCAGCACCGCGCCACUUCCUGAAAGGGUCCAAGUUGGCAGUUCCCCAUCAUAUAAGAUUGAGAGAAAACUUGGAAAGGGAGGAUUUGGGCAGGUAUAUGUUGGGCGACGCAUGAAUGCACCAGUUCCUAAUGAAAGAACUGGUCCUGGAGCAAUAGAGGUUGCAUUGAAAUUUGAACACAGAAGCAGCAAAGGAUGUAACUAUGGGCCACCAUAUGAAUGGCAGGUUUACAAUGCUCUUGGUGGAAGUCAUGGUGUACCACGUGUACAUUUUAAGGGUAGGCAAGGUGAAUACUACAUAAUGGUCAUGGACAUGCUUGGACCUAGCUUAUGGGAUGUCUGGAAUAACAACUCACACACGAUGUCAACUGAAAUGGUUGCAUGCAUUGCCAUUGAAGCCAUCUCCAUUUUAGAAAAGAUCCACUCCAGAGGGUAUGUACAUGGUGAUGUUAAACCUGAGAAUUUUUUGCUUGGUUCUCCAGGAACAUCAGAUGAGAAGAAACUAUUUCUUGUUGAUCUUGGUUUAGCCACCAAGUGGCGAGAUACUUCAUCUGGAUCUCAUGUUGAAUAUGAUCAAAGACCAGAUGUUUUUAGGGGAACUGUUCGGUAUGCAAGUGUACAUGCUCAUCUUGGAAGAACAGGAAGUCGAAGAGAUGAUUUGGAAUCACUUGCCUAUACACUUGUGUUUCUUCUUCGUGGUAGACUACCAUGGCAAGGAUUCCAGGGAGAAAACAAAGGGUUCCAAGUGUGCAAGAAGAAGAUGGCAACUCCUCCAGAAACACUUUGUGCCUUCUGUCCUGCUCCAUUUCGCCACUUUGUUGAAUAUGUUGUCAAUUUGAAAUUCGAUGAGGAACCGAAUUAUGCAAAAUAUAUUUCACUUUUUGAUGGAAUUGUUGGCCCAAAUCCUGAUAUUAGGCCCAUCAACACUGAAGGCGCUCAAAAGCUCAUGUAUCAAGUUGGGCACAAGAGAGGAAGAUUUACAAUGGAGGAAGGUGAUGAAGAACAACCAAAGAAGAAGGUUCGCAUGGGAACACCUGCAACUCAAUGGAUAAGUGUUUACAAUGCACGUCGCCCAAUGAAACAGAGGUAUCAUUAUAACGUGGCAGAUGUGAGACUUCAUGGACAUAUUCAGAAAGGAAAUGAAGAUGGAUUGUUCAUCAGCAGUGUGGCUUCUUGCCAAAACUUAUGGGCUCUUAUCAUGGAUGCAGGAACUGGAUUCACUCAUCAAGUUUAUGAACUCUCCCCCAUGUUUCUUAACAAGGAUUGGAUUAUGGAACAAUGGGAGAAGAACUACUACAUAAGUGCAAUAGCAGGUGCCAACAAUGGGAGCUCCUUGGUUGUAAUGUCGAGGGGUACUCAAUACAUUCAGCAGUCUUAUAAAGUCAGUGAAUCAUUUCCAUUUAAGUGGAUAAAUAAAAAAUGGAGAGAGGGGUUUCAUGUCACUGCUAUGGCAACUGCAGGAAGUAAAUGGGCAAUUGUUAUGUCCCGUGGUGCUGGAUUUUCUGAUCAGGUGGUGGAGCUGGACUUUUUGUAUCCAAGUGAAGGUAUUCAUAGAAGAUGGGAUGGUGGAUAUAGGAUAACAUCAACUGCUGCAACGUGGGACCAAGCUGCUUUUGUUCUUAGUGUCCCAAGAAGAAAGCCUGCAGAUGAGACGCAGGAAACAUUGCGCACUUCUGCUUUUCCUAGUACACAUGUUAAGGAAAAAUGGGGGAAGAAUCUGUAUAUUGCUUCAGUUUGUUAUGGUCGGACAGUGUCAUGAGAUGUCACAGUUUAGUUUUGCGUGGGCUUUCUUUCUUCAUCUACAUACAGAUCUGUGCUUAGAGUUGUGAAUUCAGAUGCUUCAAGUAGGAGGUGCUACUACUUACUAACUAACGUUUUUUGUUUUUUUUUAGCAAAUUUGUACAUAUUGAUAAGGUUUUGGGUUUGGUUUUAGUUUUGGUUUUGGACUACAAUAGCACAUGGACUGAGGAUUGUGCACGUACGUCUUGUCUUUUAUCGUUUCUUUUGGAUCAUGAAUGAAUGCUAUAUGUUGUUUU